GUUUGGCCGCUCCCUCCGGGGCUGUCCCCUCUCCUCUCCCCUGUGUCGCGACAGUGUCGGGGGCGUGUCGCUGCUCGCCGCUGCCAUUGGCGCUGGGCAGGGCGCUGCGGGCGAUAAAAGCGCGGCGCGGGGGCGGCUCGGCAGCGCCGCGGCUCAGGCCGUGCGGUGCGGUGCGAGCGAUCGGCGGCCCCCGGCCGGACCCCCCUGCCCUGCCCUGCCCUGCCCCCGGAGCCGCCGGAGCCCCCACACUGCCCAGGUUUAGAUCUGCACAAGAACCAAGAUCAGGAACCAUGGCAUCCAUCCCAUCCAGCGGCUCGCUCAUGGCCACGCACAACUAUCGCAGAAGGCGCCUGAGCUCCACAUCCAGCACCAGCUCCUGCAGCUCAGAGUACUCUGGGGAGGUCAUCCCCCACGGCCCAGAUCUGCCCAAGUCUGACCCUGGCCAGUGGUGGGCCAGCUUCUUCUUUGGCAAGACAACUCACCCAGCCAUGACAACGGUGUCAGAGUCCCAGGAGAGCUUGGGAGCUCUGCGGGUGACCACUGGGCCAGUAGCCUGUGCGCUGGUGGCCGCCCCGGGCGCAGGACGGAGGCGCCACGCCAGCGAGUCCAGCGUGGGACCCUCGGUGUGAGCGGGGCCGGCGGCUGCUCCCCACCCGGGGGGCACAGCCCCACCCUUCCCCACCCUUCCCCACCCAUCCCCACCCCUCUAGAGUAGCGGCUGCUCCAAGCAAACGCUGCUGCUUUCUCGUGGAGAACUGCAGCCACCCCGACGAUUCCACUCCGGCCUUUUUUACUCUCUCCCAAUGUAACUAAGCCCCCUCCAAGACUUGGCAACACCUUUUUAUUACCUUGAACUCGUACAAUGACAACCAAUAAACUUGAGCAGCCUUUUAAA